AUGACAAGUGGGGUGUGCGUUUUCGCAUUAGUCUUCGGCAUGGACAUUGCCGAACAUUCCCAGUAUAAAGAUUUUACAUGGGCGAUUAAAUUAAAUCGCUUGGGUUUAGAACUGCUUGGAUUAUGGCCGAAGAGUGAUAAAAUAUCUAAGAAUAACUUCUCUUCUGAUCUUCGUGUGAUUAUUAUUUUCGUUAUAGUGACAUUUGUUUCUGGUAUACCACUUGCCUGCUCUCUUAUACGAGUUUGGGGAGACAUGAUACUUAUGAUAGAUAAUCUCCAAAUUACUUUACCUUUACUGGUAGUCUCAUUGAAACUUGUUGUUCUACGAUGGAAACAAACAGCACUUGUAUCCAUCAUAAAAAUGAUGGCGGAAGACUGGAUGGAAUUGAAGACAAGAAAGGAAAGGGAUGUAAUGAUGAGUCGAGCACAGAUUGCUAGAACGAUUAUCAUCAGCGGAUACAUUCUAAUGGUAUUAGCGUUCAUUGUGGUUAUUAUUCUUCCUUAUUUUGGUUUACCGUUGAGGCAUUUGACAAAUCUUACGGACCCGGACAAGCCGCUGCCGCUGCAGACUUAUUAUUUUUACGAUAUAGAUAAGAGCCCACAAUUUGAAUUAACAUACAUCAUUCAAGCUAUUACAAUUUUCUUGGCCGCCGUAACUUACACUUCGGUGAUUACUGAAGGAAGUAAUUUUUCUGCUGCACGAUUAUGUUUUCCAUUAAUGGGUAUCACCAUCUUGUUUUCGCAUGCUUUCAUUUAUUGUGGUGCUGGAGAGAUUGUAACAAUGCAAUGCGAAGAAGUAUACUAUGCUUUAUGCAAUCUUGAAUGGUACGAAUUAGAACCAAAAAAGGCAAGGAGUCUUAUCUUAUUAAUGAUACGAGCUAGUCAACCUUUCCGUAUUACUGCAGGAAAAAUAUUUCCACUUACGAUGACCACGUUUGGCAGUUUGUUAAAAACAUCGGCUGGUUACAUAUCAUUUCUAUUAGCAAAUCAAAGAUGA